GGCGGGGCCCGCUGAUCUGGCGGAGGGGUCGGCGGGUCCGGGCAGGCGGACGGGACACCAAAAUAGACUCUGCCGCUCCGCGCCCGCCGCCUCCCGCGGCUCUUCCAAAGAUGGUCACGGGGCCGCCGCGGCCGCGCUCCGCCCGGGCGUAAACGCCGCGCCAGGACUGUGCGGAGGGGCUUGGCGGAGCGGCUUUGUGGUCCGCGGGCGCGGAGAGGUCAAGCCCCGGGGAGCCCGGCAGGCGGCCCCGGUUCUGUGCACGGGUCAGGGCGAUGGCAGCGGUCGGCCAGGAGGAAUACACGUACCUCUACGAGGACUCCUCUCACCCCGUCGACUUCCUGGAGGCGUUCCGAACGUUUUACCUGGACGGACUGUUCACCGACAUCACCCUGCAGUGUGCCUCGGGGGUCAUCUUCCACUGCCACAAAGCCGCCUUAGCAGCUUGCAGCAAUUAUUUUAAAGCCAUGUUCACAGCCGAUAUGAAAGAGAAAUCUAAAAGACAGAUCAGACUUCCCGGGCUCAGCCAUGCGGUACUGGAAGCUCUCGUUAAUUAUGCAUACACAUCGCAGAUCCAGAUAACAAAGAGAAAUGUCCAGAGUCUGCUCCAGGCAGCAGACCUCCUCCAGUUCCUGUCAGUAAAGAAAGCCUGUGAACAGUUUCUGGUGAGGCACUUAGAUACUGACAACUGCAUAGGGAUGCACUCCUUUGCUGAAUAUCAUGAUUGCUCGGAGCUAGAGAAAGAGUCCAGGAGGGUAUUGUUAUGGCAGUUUGAAGAAGUGUGGACUCAGGAAGAGUUUCUGGAUAUUGGCAAGGAGAAGCUCUCUUAUAUUCUCUCCAGAGAUAAUCUCAAUAUUUGGAAAGAAGAGGCAGCCAUUGAAGCUGUCGUUAAGUGGAUUGCUCACAAUGUGGAAGAAAGGCUUGAAGACAUCUAUGAACUGCUGAACUGCAUCAGGGUAGACUUAGAUAAUGUGUAUUUGAGGUCAGUUUUAAGCCUACAAAAAAAAUGCCGACUUAAUGAUACUAAGAUAAGGUCACUCAUAUACAAAGCCCUGAACCUCAAUCCCAAAACUCUUUCCAGAAGACCUACAGCAGCCAUGUAUGUGAUCGGAGGAUACUACUGGCAUCCCUUAUCAGAAGUGCAUGCCUGGGAUCCAUUAACCAACACAUGGGUUCAGGGAACAGAGAUGCCGGAUCAUACCAGAGAGUGUUAUGGGGUCACUAGCUUGGGAUCAGAUAUAUAUGUGACAGGAGGCUAUAGAACGGAGAGCAUCGAAGCCCUUGACACCGUGUGGAUAUAUAAUAGCGAGAGAGAUGAGUGGAUAGAAGGCUGCCCCAUGCUUGAUGCAAGGUAUUACCACUGCACCGUGUCCUUGGGUGGCUGCAUCUAUGCGUUGGGUGGAUACCGAAAGGGAGCUCCAGUGCAAGAAGCUGAGUUCUAUGAUCCUUUAAAAAAGAAAUGGCUUCCUAUUGCAAACAUGAUCAAAGGUGUUGGGAAUGCCACUGCCUGUGUCCUGCAUGACGUCAUCUACGUAACCGGAGGUCACUAUGGAUACAGGGGAAGCUGCACCUAUGAUAAAGUCCAGAGAUACCAUUCAGGUAGCAAUGAGUGGAGUAUAAUCACUACGAGUCCGCAUCCAGAAUACGGAUUGUGCUCGGUUACAUUACAAAACAAGAUCUAUUUUGUGGGUGGACAGACCACGAUCACGGACUGCUAUGACCCAGAGCAAAACGAGUGGAUGCAGAUGGCUCACAUGAUGGAGAGAAGGAUGGAGUGUGGCACGGUGGUUAUGAAUGGAUGCAUUUAUGUGACAGGAGGAUACUCUUAUUCAAAAGGAACAUAUCUACAGAGUAUUGAGAAAUACAACCCUGAACAGAAUACAUGGGAAGCAGUAGGGAAUCUUCCCAGCGCUAUGCGGUCACACGGCUGUGUCUGUGUGUAUAAUGUGUAAACAUUUAAUUCUCAUGUUGCUGUUACAGAAAACAGCAGAUGCAGUAUCCAUAAUAGUACUGAGUGGCUCAUGAA